UAUAUUGGAAAAAAACAGUUUAUUUUUAGAAAACAAAUACAAGCAGAGAGAAGAAAGAUCUACUCAAUUAAAUACAAAAUGUAAAGGUAGACAUAAAGUUAAAUACAUAUUUGAAGAGUAUUUUAUACAUUUGAAGUAAAUAUCUAAGAUAAAAUAUGGCCAUUGGAUAUCUUUAAUAGUGUACAUGCGAUGCGGUUUACCAUCAUUAGUUAUUUAUAUAUUGGAAAAACCAGUUUAUUUUUAGUAAACUAACACAAGCAGUUACUUGUUGUUGUGAAAUCCUUUCAUAAGAUCUACUAAAAUCUGAACACUAACUUCCAAGUCAUUAAAAUAUACCGAGCGGUAUUUUUCAGCCUUCAUGUGACAAUGGCAAGUCAAAACCUCGAAGAAGCUUUCUUCAAGGAGAAUGACACUCCACACGGACUGGUCAAGAGAAUUUUGUACAAGAAGUACCUUCAAGCUUACUUUCCUAAAACACAAUAUGAAAAAGUAAGCUACAAUUACAAAACGAUUAUAAUAGAUGGAUUUUCUGGGGCAGGUCGCUACGGAAAUGAGUGGCCUAACGAAAUCGAAAAAUACGGAUCGCCGCUUAUUGCCGUGAUGGUUGCUCUAGGCUUCUGCCGCAAAAAACGAAUCCAGGUAAAUCGUAAAAGGAAUGCUGGUGACGCAGCGGAAAAUGUUAGUAUUGAUACGAAUGUUGUCUGGGGAUCGGAUCCGUCAACCAAAAAUCCCGAAAAUGAGCUUCUGGAAGAACUCAAAGUAAAAAACAUCAGGACAGGUAUUGCUGAUCCAAAUUGUGACAUUCAUAUGUAUUUUGUGGAAAAGAAUCGCAACAACAUCAUAAAACUUAAAUGUAAUAUGGAACUGAUUAUUAUUAGAUUUUUGAAAAGGUAUUACCCAAGUCAUAAGUACGGGUAUGCAGAAGAAGGAAGCAGGACGAUGUUCGUCAUUGAUACCGAACCGUUUUCCAUAUGCAUUGAGAUAAAACGAAGUGAAUUCUCCUCAUUCGAUCCUCCGUCAGACCUUUCCCACCGAAACACCAGAAGUCUUACGUUCUUGGACCCGUUCGGGUACACUCACACACCGAUGGAGCGUGUACAACUGUUCGCAUCUGCAAAAGGAAAUGAGGUUCUCAUAAACUUCAGGAGUAGCUAUGUAAAUCGAUUUGUCUCUAGAAAUCCAGGUGGUGUCAUCAAACUGUUUGGGAUGGACGACUUGGAAAAGGUAGCCAGGCUGUAUGGCAUAGAAAGACCAGACCUUGAAAAAAACGAUGAUUUGGUUGAAUUUGUGAAAUCUGUGAUUCGCUCUUGCGAGCCGGAAGACAGAUCGAGAUUCAAAAACAAUAUAUGCAAGAUCGCAAGAAACUAUGAACGGUUUUUAAGGAGCAAAAUAGAAUGUAAAUUUUUGCAAUCGUUUGAAGUUGUUGAUGAAGGAAACACCACUUUGUAUCAUCUCAUACACACAACAAACCAUCCUAAAGGUUUAGAGGCAAUGAAAGAGUCGAUGAAUCGAUGUUCUCAAACAGAAGGAGAAAUGCAAAUGUCUGACUACCAGGUCCUUAGGAAAGGACACGUGCUGAAUUUCGGCAAUAAAGAUAAGCACGAACAAGUUGCGACAGUUAUUUAUGAACAAUUUGCUGGGCGGAAAGACGUCCAUAUAGAUAAAAUUAGUGCCUUUGUCCGGGAUAAUACACCCUAUGUGUACCGAAAGAAGCCGCUGAGAAUUCUACAGAAAGACGGGCGAAUUACACGCGUUAGAGGACGAAAUGGUGAACUGCAGACAAAGAAUUACAACUUCUCGGACACAGUGGAAUGACUGUGUUCAUUUUGAGUACAUGUUACAGAAGAAUGACCUUUUCCCCAAUGUUCAUGUUUAAGAAAGGCAACCGUUACGUUUGUAGGCCAACUUCACAAAAGUUGCCGACAGAGCAGUUUACUUUGAUCAGUAAUAGUAUUAAACUGUAAUGUGCGCCAGUCUAAUUAUGAUUACUUGUGUUAUUUUAUGCUAUAAAUUUAUGUAUAGUAGAUCGUUAGUGAUUUAAUCUGAAACAUUUAUAUUUAAGUAUUUAUUCAUUGAUAUAUUUAUGAUUUCUUCUGUGAUUAUCGUUGAUAUAGUUUCAAUGAGUGAUGUUGUGUUCUUACAAACUGAUAAAGGAGUCAGUUUUUAAUUGGUUUUCGUUUAUUUUGUUAAAUUGUGUUCCUAAAUACUUUAGUUAUUACAACUAUCAUUCUCAUGUAGGCCCCAAUAUUCUCAUGUAUUGUAUCAAUUAUCGAUUGGUGUAGUCUUAUUAUUGAUUCGCGCACAGUAGAAAUUCGAAAUCUCGAAUUAGCUUAUCUCACAGUUCCGAGUAAGAGACACUGAUUUUCAACCUGAAAUAUAGCUUUUAAGUGAGAGCUGUGAUCAAAAGUAUUAUAAGUUAUUCAUUAUACUUUAUUAUUGUAUUACAUGUUGUUUUUUUUUUUGUUAAUUCAGAGCUGUGAUCAAAAGUAUUAUAAGUUAUUCAUUAUACUUUAUUAUUGUAUUACAUGUUCAUUUUUGUUAAUUCAGAGCUGUGAUCAAAAGUAUUAUAAGUUAUUCAUUAUACUUUAUUAUUGUAUUACAUGUUCGUUUGUGAUCAAAAGUAUUAUAAAUUAUUUAUUAUACUUUAUUAUUGUAUUACAUGUUCUUUUUUGUUAAUUCAGAGCUGUGAUCAAAAGUAUUAUAAGUUAUUCAUUAUACUUUAUUAUUGUAUUACAUGUUCAUUUUUGUUAAUUCAGAGCUGUGAUCAAAAGUAUUAUAAGUUAUUCAUUAUACUUUAUUAUUGUAUUACAUGUUCUUUUUUGUUAAUUCAGUCAUAUAACGUAAUUGAUAAAUACUAUUGUUUCAUGUAAUUGUAUCUGUGUGUCAGGUGCUUUAUUGUUACGCUAGUAUACAGUUGCUUCUUACGAAUUAUGUUUUGAUAAUACGAAUAUUUAAGUAUACAUGUAAUAAAAAAUAG